GCAAUCGCGUGCGCACCGCAGGAGUAGCGGCGCCUCUUCUCUUAGCGCCGCGCUAAGGCCACCUGAGAGAGAACCCGAAGAGAGGCCGGAAGCACUCGGAAGUCACGUGCUCCCCGGGCCUCGCGAGUGAUUGGCUUGGAAGGAGGUGAAGGAUGCUGCUGUGAUUGCUGAAUUGUCUGGGCAGGGUUUGGAGUCUGGUAAGCUCUGGUGACCUGUGCAUCCUGAAGAGGACCGAGAGGCCCGCUAUCGCUGAAUUCUAGGGGUCACAACCCCAUCAGAGCCCUGCCAGCCCCGCUCAGACAUCAUCAACAUGGAGUUCUGAAGUCCAUGUGGCUCCUAACAGUGAACCAGGUCUUAAGGAAAAUGCAGAGACGCCACAGUAGUAACACGGAUAACGGGCCACCUGAAAGAAAUCGCAGCCAAGCACUCAGCUCUGAGGCAAGCGUGGAUGAAGGCGGUGUCUUUGAAAGUCUGAAGGCAGAGUCGGCCUCCCCACCUGCGCUCUUCUCCGGUCUCCCUGGCCUCCCAGCGGGCAGCCUGCCUACCACCCCAUUCCCAUCCAGCCUGGUGCUGGGGGCGUCGGCCGGAGGCGGAGACGUGUUCAUCCAGAUGCCUACGUCCAGAGAGGAGGCCGGGGGCCGGGGCGAGGGGGGCGCCUACCACCACCGCCAGCCCCACCACCACUUCCACCACAGUGGCCACCGUGGGAGCUCGCUGCUGCAGCACGUGGGCGGGGACCACCGUGCCCAUUCGGAUGAGGGGGGCGACGAGCAGCCAGGGACGCCUGCCCCUGCCCUGUCCGAGCUGAAGGCCGUGGUCUGCUGGCUCCAGAAGGGGCUGCCUUUCAUCCUGAUCCUCCUGGCCAAAGUGUGCUUCCAACACAAGCUCGGCAUUGCCGUGUGCAUCGGGAUGGCCAGCACCUUCGCCUACGCCAACUCCACGCUUCGAGAACAGGUCUCUCUGAAGGAAAAGAGAUCGGUGCUGGUCAUCUUGUGGAUCUUGGCCUUUCUGGCGGGGAACACCCUGUAUGUGCUCUAUACGUUCAGUUCCCAACAGCUGUACAACAGCCUCAUAUUCCUGAAGCCCAACCUGGAGACGCUGGACUUCUUCGACCUGCUGUGGAUUGUGGGCAUUGCUGAUUUUGUGCUGAAGUAUGUCACCAUCGCCCUCAAGUGCCUCGUCGUGGCCCUGCCCAAGAUCAUCCUGGCCGUCAAGUCCAAGGGCAAGUUCUAUCUGGUCAUCGAGGAGUUGAGCCAGCUGUUCCGAUCACUUGUCCCCAUCCAGCUGUGGUAUAAAUACAUCAUGGGGGACGACUCCUCCAACAGCUACUUCCUAGGAGGGGUCCUGAUUGUUCUCUACAGCCUCUGCAAGUCAUUUGACAUCUGUGGUCGUGUGGGCGGAGUUAGGAAAGCCCUGAAGCUUCUCUGCACCUCUCAGAAUUACGGCGUCCGGGCCACUGGGCAGCAGUGCACAGAAGCCGGUGAUAUCUGUGCCAUCUGCCAGGCCGAGUUCCGGGACCCUCUGAUCCUCAUGUGCCAGAAUUCAAACUGAGGAACUCAUGAGUUGGCAGUCACAGGGGCUACGUGCAGCAUGGGACCAAGGUUGGAUCCUGGAACAGAGAAAGGACGGGAGUUGGAAAACCGAUUUGAGGUAAUCCAGACAGAGUUUGGAGUUCAGCGGUUGGUCACGUAUCAAUGGGGAUUUCUUGGCUUUGAUAUAAAAGUAAAGCGAGCUGAUGAUGAUUAAACUUAGUGAGGGGGCUAAAUAAGGAUUCUCUGCACUAUCUUUACAACUCUUAUAUAAGUCUAAAAUUAUUCCAAAAUUAAAAGUUUAUUUUUUAAAGCAUUUUAAAUAUACCAGAAGGAAAACAGUCACUGGCCUCCUACCUCCCCCUAGCUUCCUAGUUUCUUUUAUUAAAUCUUCAUAGAGAUGCUUUAUGGAAUUAAAACACUAUAUGUUCAAACACACACACACACACACACACACACACACACACACACACACACACAUCAUUUUCAGAAAGACCUAUGUCGUCUCGUACUCUCCCCCAAACUGUGUUCUGUAUCCUUCCUCGCUGACUGCAAACAGUGUCUUGAGAGAGCCUCCUCCUUUGCCUAUCACCCCCCUUCAUGGAUGGACCACCGUUGGUUUUACCAUUCCACUAUGGAUGGGCACUUGGUAGUUUAUAAUCUUCCGUAAUUACAAUGGUGGCUUCCAGGAGAGGUCAGAAAUGGAGAGACCUACAGCAGCUACCCGGGCCCGUCGUGUGGACCGAAUGGGUUGAGUCAGUCAAGCAUUUAGAGCCACGCGUGGUCAGGGUUCAGUCCAGGUCGGCUCUUCCUGGCACGUGUUUCAUUUCACACCUGUGCGGGCUCUCGGUACGAUAAAUUCCUAAUGGUGGAAUUACGAGGUCAGAGGGUAUCCAGUUUUGACAGAUAUUGCUAAAUUGCCCUUCAUAAAGACUGUAUCCGUUUACGCUCCCGGUGCAGAGCACGACACGACCUCUUGCCUACCAACACACUGCACGUGCCAGCCUUUCCUGAGCCUGGCCAAUCUGACCGGUGACGAGCACAAUCUCUGUGCGGUUUUUAAUUUGCAUUUCCCUAAUUACGAGUGCACUUGAGCAUCUUUUCAUAUGGUUCAGAGCCAUCUGUAUAGCCGUCUCCGAGGCAGCGAUGAUUUGAACAUGAUGUCAAGGUGAAAGUCUUGCUUCUUCCUUUCUGGCAAGCUCUCCCAGCCUUCAUUUGUUUGCUUCUCUCCCAUUCCUCUCCUGGUGCCAUGACACCUUCCCACACACGGCGGUGGUCGGAGCCACAGCCUUGGCCAAACUAGUCUCACUCUGCUGCCGGGAGCUGGGCCUGGGCUGGCGGAGAUGACUUCCACAGGCAAAAGGGCCUCGUUAAUUCCUGAGCAAUUGGAAAGAAUGAAUGAAUGAGUCAAGUGUUUGUUCCCCAGUCAGAGUCUUCCCUGACUCUGCUUCCCCAGACUAGCCAGUUCUCCCAGCAGUAUGGCCUCAGAGAUCCUUGUGGUUUUCCUUCCUAGCGAUUAUCCCAGUUGUCAGCUAGUUAACUGGGCAACUGGUUGCACAAGGUCUGUCUCCUCUUGGCCAAAGCGGAGGCAAACUUGAGAGGGGUGACCGUGUCUGUUUUGUUAGCAGGAGAAUCAUAGCACUGACUCAGUGAAUAUUGGAUGGAUGGAUGGAUGGAAGGAAGGAAGGAAUGGGAUGGACAGAAGGGGACAGAUGGUAUGAGAUGGACAGGCUGGAGGAAUGGAUGGAUGGACGGUUGGUUGGGAUGGAGAUGGACGGUAGCCAGGUCGAGGGGUGGGUGGAUGAGUACAGAGAUGCACGGACAGAGGUAUAUGUGUGUGGGUGACUGAGUAGACGGACAAAUGAUGGACCCACCUGCGGGUGCAUAGGUGGGUAGAUGUGGGAUGGGGGGGUAGACGAAUGAAUGGGUAGAUGGAUGGAUGAAUGGAUAAAUGAGCAGGAGAGAUGAGUGAACAGGUAGAGGAAGAGCCCACCAGGCUAAAGGAACAUCUAUCUCUCCUUCAAAGGGACAUCUAAGUAGGCACAGUGCGUCACUCACACACAGGCCCCACCUCCCUCCCCGCCACCACCCCCGCAUCAGAGCCUGGGAAGCAGAUUGUCAAUGGAAGCGGGUCAGGCAGACACUGGGCAUGCCCAGAGGUUAGAGCUCUCCACUCAGGCAGAAGCACCUGCCCAGUUAGUCACUCCCCAAGUACCUGUGCCACGCCUCCUGCCCAGCAAUGGGACAUCAAGGAAAGGGCACUUUGAACACACAGUCAGAAACUUAAUUUAUUUAAAAGAUUUCUUUCCAAAGAGAAAAGUCAGAGUACAAUUAGCCCUUGGUCACUACAGGUUUGUUUUGUUUUGGUUUGAAUAUUGAUAAUGUAAAGGAAGGAGGGCAAGAGAAUGGUAAUUUCUAUUGGUUUUGUCUUUGCGGGUACCUCAUACUUCCGGCUUUAUAACAGGCCCUACUCAUUUCCAUCCUUCCAGACACCGUGUGGGGGGAACAGUGACCCUCUUCUACAGAGGCAGAGGUAGGCUCAGCAAGGAGAAAGGACAGACUUUCCUCAAGGCUCCCCUGCUCCUCGGCAGCAGAACCAGAUUCCAACCCAGAGCCCCAGAUUUCAGAGGCCAGGACCUUUCCCCUUCUUGCUUUGAGAUGUCCUCAAGGCUGCAUUACGAGAGUAGAGCCCCUUUCCUGGAAAUUCCUAGGAGCGUGCUAUGCCCCGCGCAGCGAAGCCUGUGCGCGUCACCUCCAAGGAAUGAAGGAACAGCUGAGCUGCGAUCGCUCAGCACCUGUGCUGACUCCUCGGUCCGGGCAUUUCUGCAUCAGGUGCUUUCCAAGUACCCACGGCAUCCCAGCACUGACUUUGCAACCCCGAGCAACACAUUUCAUUGCGGCACUGACCCUCCAUGUCCUCUGUCUCCCAGGAAUGAAAAUGUUUGCCCUGGGCAGCUUGCAGGUUCUUUAAUACAGUCAAAUGAGAUGACGUGUCUAUCUGUGUGUGGGUUUUGAAAAGCAUAGCAUGUUAUGCCAAUACUCAAUGUCAGUGAUUAAUUCUAAAUCUGGACAAAGCUAGCCAGGUUUGUGUGAUUCAAGAGGAUCUGUGGUUAGGGCUGGGUGUGUAUGUGGGUGUGUCCCUUGUCUGACAGUAGCCCCACUUUCAGUAAUGUCAUUUUCAAAACCAAGGGCUACAGACAUCCCUGUCCACAUUGUCCAUGUGUGACCAGUAGAAAUAGAACGUAACGGGCAGAGUGUUCACUAGGGAGGCAGACACCUCUUGUAUCGGUUACCCGUUGCUGCCUAACAAAUGACCCAGCACUGUGGCCGAAAGCAGCUAGCAUUCAUCGUCUCCUGGUUUGCGUGAAUCCUAAAUCCAGGCACACGCAGCUGGGUCCCCUGCUUCAGGCUGCAGUCAGGACACCAGCCAGGGUCCCAUGGGGGAAGGCUCUGCUUCCAAGCUCGGUCACAUGCCAGUGGCGGGAUUCAGUUCCUCAUGGGCUGUCGGACCAAAGGCCUCCAUUCCUCGUGGCCAGAACCUACCCCAGCUUCCCUAUCACACUGACUUCAUCAGAGUGAAUAUGUGGGAAGAAGGUGUGAGAACAAGACGGAAGGCCCCAUCUGCUGUAACCUAAUCUCAGAAGUGACGUCCCAUCCUCUUUACUGUAUUCCGUUCGCUUGAGGCAAGUCAGUAAGUACAGCCGCAUUCGGGGGGCGGGGGGGGCAGGCCACACCGGAUGUGAAUCCCAGGAGGAGGAGAUCACUGAGAGUCGUAAUAGAACUCAGCCUACCACAUCCCUGAAGCUGAAUUCCAGCCUCACUGCUUAGCAGCUGUGUGCCCUUGGGCUGGUGGCUCUCCCUCUCUGAGUCUCGGGGGUCUGUAGGUGUCAUGAGACUGUACUUAGACGAUGCCAGCAGUGCCUGGCACAGCAUCUGUGCUCAGUGACGGAGAGGGCCCAGGGUCCUUACGUGUACUCCUCACCUGAACCAUCCACCCAGACCUGGCCUGGCUGUUCCUUUGUUUCUCAGCUCACGCCGAACAUCAAGUGCCGGGCUAGGAGAUGCCCCUCUCCCAUCCAGAGCUUCCUCUCUCCCGUGGGGGUUAGCUGCUGUGCUUGUGAGGGCUCUUGUCCCCAGCCCUCACUUUACCCGCCUGCUCCAAAUCUUUGAGCAAGACUUGAGGAGUCUGGAUGGAAUUCAGGGGGCAGGGAGGGUGGCCCAGGCAACCCCAGGGGUUCACCCACCUCCGUGCCCCAGGAGGCGCAGCCAGGGAGUCGUGACUGACCGUCCCCACUGACCGUAAACCCGCUGAUCCUACACUUCGCAGCCCAGGAGGCCCCUCCUUUCCCUCCCUCUGUAGGGGCUCAUCCUUCUCUCCAGAUGCUAGAAGUAGGCCCAGGGAUGAUGACCUCCUUCCUCCUCCCACUGGGCCGCUGGGUCGGCAUGUGGUCUUCAAACCUCUUUAUUUGGCACUAGGUUCCAUCCUGCCUGAUUCUCUGAGGAGGGGACCGUGAGCUCCCAGAGGACAGUGGUCAGGUCUUAACCAUGCCAGUGUCUCCAGAAUCUGCCCCCUGACCUAUGUGGGAGGGCCUUCCUUCACUGCAUUUACAGUCCCUACUCUGUGCAGGCUCGGGACUGGGCAGUGGGAACACAACAGCGGUUGCUGCCCUCUUGAAGUUUACCGCCCAGAUGGUAGGCAGGACAAAUGGUAAAUGAGCAGUUAGAAGAGUGGUUCUCAAAGUGUGGCCCAGGUACCCCCUGGUGUUCCCUUUCACCUUCAAGUGCUUGUGUAAUCUUGUGUUUUCAAUAGAUCUUGGUUUCCAUUUCUAAUAUGAUAAAUAUAGCCAGAUUUGACCCACAUAUACAAAAGCCCUUUGAGAUCAUCUGUGAUUUUUUAAGACUAUAAAGGGGUCUUAGGACCAGAACAUUUGAGAAAUACUGACUGAGACAUGGGAGAGCCUCGGUGAUUGGUUUUUUGAAUGAAGGAAUGAAAAGCUUCUCAUUUCCCGCUCACCUGACUCAAGUAUUGAGCUUCAUGUGAACACGGCUUGUGUUGCUUUCUUCUACGUAAGUACCGCCUUUUCCCAGGGAAUGAGGUUAAGUCUCAUUCGUUCAUUGAGCGAGCAUUUCCUGAGCAUCUGCCAUGUGCUCAGAACCUUGUUGGGAGCGUGGUCCCUGCCCUCCAGAAGCCCUUAAUGCAGCGAACAAGACAGAUGAGUUUGCAGAUCAUUCCAGAGGCAUGCACGUGAUGCUGUGAGAGAGACCCUCCCCAGGAGGUAUCUGGAAGUGCUUAGAUUUUCAGGAGACAGUAAGGCAUGGAACACAGGGGACGUCAUGGAGAAGGGGAGGUGUGAUGGCUUGAGCUAAGUCUUCUGCAAGAAGUAGGUGCCCACCAGCUGAUAAGGACGGAGGAGGGGCAUAAGAGCAUCCCAGAUAGAUAUUACAGCUUGCCCUGAGGCUUAGCAGUAUGACUAAGCUUUGCACUGCAAGUCAUCGCCCCCGUGUGUCCGUGACAUUGGCUGUCCGGGAGGGAGUGAUGAAGAGGAAGAGGGGAGGGCGCUAUUGUGGAGGGCCUUGAGUGCCCUGGUUGGGAGUCUGAGAGAAGCUGCUGGGCCUGCUGACCCCUGGGUCCUGCCCUUCAGACCAUAGCAAGAGUCCAGGCACAUCCUUUGAGGCUAUAUGUGGCCUGCUCACCUCCUGCCGCCCAUUUCUUACACUCUCCUGUUGUAGCCAUGUUGACCAUCCUUGAGUGCCUCAAUGCCUUCACAUCUGAGGAGCUUGGCCCAGCUCCUCCCUUAAGCCUGACGUGCUCUAUCCCUACCCCCUCUCUUCACCCAUUCAACUCCUAAACAUCCUUCAGGCCUUAACACAAGUGCUCCCCACCCCCGCAGGAAGCCUUCCUAGAUUACUCCCUGGAUCAGACUGGUCCCCUGUUGCAUAGGUCAUCAUGGAGCUCUCCUUUAACACUGUUUACAGUUAGGCAACUACUGCACAUCCUGCUAGGAAUGGGUGUGCUAGAAGCUUACAGUCUGGCAUGAAUAAUCUCUCCUGUAUAAUAGCCAACAAUGAUAGCACAUUUACUAUUGACCAGACAUUGUUCUAAGUGCCUUUUUAAUUUCAUUUUUUUAAACUUUUUAGGAAACAGUAUUCGGAUUUUCAUAUUAUCAUUUUAAAUUAUCACUUUUAUUUUGAAAAAUGUCAAAACUAUAGAGCAAAAGGACAUAGAAUGAACACCCUUUUAUCUUUCUUCUAGAUCCACUAAUUGUGAACAUUUUGCAUUUGCCUUUUCUUGAUGUAAAUAUUUUCCCCUUGCUUAUUGAGAAUAAGUUGGCGACAUUUUGAUUCUUCAUCCGAAAAUAUUUCAGUGUUUACCUUUGAAGAACAAGGACAUUCUCUCUCAUAACUGCAAUUCCACCAUCACACCCAGGCAAUUUAAAAUUGAUGUAAAAUAUUAUCUAAUGUAUGGUAUAUAUCCAGAUUUCUCCACCCAUCUUCAGAAUAUCCUGCAUAGCUAGGAUUCUGCCACCCCCCCCAUCCAGGUUCCAAAUGCAAAUCGUGUACUGCCUUUGAUUAUUAUGUUUUUAAUGUGAAGCAAUCUUCCUAUAAGAGGAGUACUCUUAGCAGCAUUUUGGGGACCCCUGGCUGACUCAGUCAGUAGAGCAUGUGAGUCUUGAUCUUGAGGUCCUGAGUUUAAGCUCCACAUUGGGCAUUGAGCUUACUUAGAAAAAGGGGUGAUUCCCUCCACUUCCUCCUGACCUCUCAUUUUAUAGAUAAGGAAACUGAGGCAUUGGGAGGUUGAAUCAUUUGUCCAAGUGAUAUGGCCAGAAAGUGGGAGAACUCAUUGAUAUUUCCAGCUUUCCUGCCUUUCCCUUAACCCCUGAGCUCUGACUAAAGGCAUCUUUUAAAGAUGAACAGGCAAGGGACGCCUAGGUGGCUCAGUGGGUUGGGCCUCUGCCUUUGGCUCGGGUCGUGAUCUCGGGGUCCUGGG